AUGAACGUUCUCUUUAUGGGAGGAGCAUCGGAUCGAGUGGUUGUUGAGUGUCUGCGGAAUGUCUGCCGAAUGUCUGUCGUUGCGCACGAGUCCAUUCCCGGACGCCUUUUUGCCACCUCUUUACAACACUUCCCCCCCUGGACACACACACACACCAGAGUGGAUAAAGAGGUCAUCGAUAAGUUAAACAAAGACAUCAUAGAGGAAGAAAACUUAGACAAGCACAAACCGCACGUCUGUCAGGAACCAGCAUACGAGAGGGACUAUUCGUACUUAUGUCCCGAAGACUGGAUAAAGAAUUCCAAUAAUCAGUGUUGGGGCAUAGACUACGAUGGUCACUGUGAAUCGCUAAAAUAUUUCCAAGAUUAUUCUGCAGAGGAGAAAAAAGAAUUUGAGAUGAACUGCUGCGUCUUGUGGCCUAAGCUAAAAGAUGAAGGCAUGAAAAGAGCGCACAAGAAGGACCUCCUAAGGGGAUCGAUAAGUUCAAGCAAUGGGUUAAUAAUAAAACCGAAAUAUUUGUAA